CUGAAAUUUAUAAAAAAUAGUGACAAGGAUCACAAUGUAGACAUUUGACUACUGCGGAGUAGUUUUUCGUGGAGGAGUUGGGGGAGGGAGUAGAGUCUGACCCAGACGAUGAGCUCUUCCACGUCUUGUCCAUUUCGGGGAAGUAACUUCACGUAUGGGUGAAGAAAGCUUCCGGACCAUCUCUUGCGCUUCUAGGAGUAGUUCCUAGCUCGGAUUUGCAUCAGGAGUAGUUCUUGAGGAUGAUUGCGCUGCUAGGUUUCUAGAUCGGCUCCCAGUGAUAGGGUUUUGAAUUUCUUGAUUCAAGCUUGACAAUGCUCAAGAAUUCAAAGUGAAUACGGGCUUGCUUGAUGUCAUUGGUACGUUUUCUUUGAUCAAAAGUGAAGAGAUGAAAGGUAAAGUUGUAGCCCACGUAUACUCCCCAAUGCCUAGGCGGCAAUCAGGCCGCCGGCGGAGGGUACCAGAAUGGUGGUUGCCUCAACGCAGAAAACAUUUGUGUCGACGGUAAGGGAAUCAGUCCCUGGCCACCGAAUGCACUCUAAACCUGUAGCGCUAACAAAUGUUGACUUUCAGAGCAUCGAUGCAAAAUCCGGCCGAUUCAAAGGUUACCAAUCAGUCACCUUCUCCGAUUUAGAUAUCCAUGUACUAUCGAUUAACUUCCGUUUCGCUUUGGUGGGAACAUUUCCAAAAAGCCGACCACCCCUCCCUGCGAUUAAGAAGGCUAUGGCGAUUCUAGGGUUUUCACAACCCUACUCCGUCGGUCUUCUCCGUCCGAACAUGCUUCUUUUCAACUUCCAAUCUGAUUCCGACUUUCAAAGAUUCUGGAUUAAGCGUUCUUGGGAUUUUUAUGGUUCUGCGAUGAACCUGACCAGAUGGAGUCCUUCCUUCUCGGUUGAUUGUGACUCCCCGCUGGCACCCGUUUGGGUGGUCUUUGAGGGAUUGCCGGUUCACCUACACGACGCUAGGGCUCUGUUCCACAUGGCUGCUCUUCUGGGGAGACCAAUUGUCAUUGAUUCUCCAACGGCCAAUUUCUCAAGACCCUCCCUGGCCAGAAUAUGUAUUGAAAUUGAUGUUUCUAAAGUCCUACCAUCCAAAAUCUGGAUUGGAAAUGGCAACCAAUGCUUUUUCCAAUCCGUCCAGUAUGAACAUCUGCCGGUGUACUGCAAUUGUUGCUCCCGUUUGGGUCACAUCAAUUCAAUUUGUCCCAAACACAACAGGGAACCAAAACAGAUGAUGCCUAAUCCAGCUGAGGUUUUGGUCCCUGCUGUUCAACGUCCUGAUUUGAAUGCACAUGCUCUUGAUUCUGUUCAAACUACCUGUGAUGACUCUCAAAUUCCUUUUGAAACUGAAAUUACUGAAAGUGCUGUUAAAAUGCCCUAAAUUGUGUUACAAAUGCAGUCUGUCAUGAUACUCAGGUCAAUCUUUUGACUGAGAAUUUGGAAACAAAUGCUACAGAACCAUGUCAUGUCCCUUUUGAUGCUUGUGAAGUCCAGGUUACAGUCAUGGAAAAUCCAGAUUCUUUUCCCCCGGCUAAGGGUGUUGCUUUAGCUAUCGGUGAUGAAUAUCAGGUAACUGAAAACACUGAUUGUGCUGGCCCAGUUCAUACUAUUUGUGAUGUAGCUGCCCCAGUUCAAACUGAUUGUGCAGUAGCUGCCCCAACUAAUAAUGAUAUCUGUGAUGGUUCUGUGAUCAUCCUUACUGAAAAUUUUAGCACCAAUAGUGCAGACCCAUCUUCUAACGCUCUUGAUGCUCCUUUUGCUUGUGAAGUCCAGGGUUCUGCCUCUUAUGAUGCCUUUACCGUUGAUGCCAAAGCAUUUGAUCUCUCUGAUGCCUAUAUACAGGAAGGGCCCCCGGUAGCCACCUGUAACGAGGUGGUAAUUGAGGGAGGUGCUCAUCUUGUGGUUGCCUCUGAUUGUUCGGCCCAAAACGGAAAUGAUGAGACUUACUCUGAUCCACAACAUACAGAUGCUACACUGGUUACAAAAAUGUCCCGUGAUGAAAUCUUUUCUGAGGACACAAACUUUGUUCAUCUUUCUGUUUCAGGUAACACAGAUCCUCAACAUAUCAAUGAAGAACACCAUGAAGGCUUUACGGAGGUUAAAAGGAAAAAACAAAAAUAUGAACUCCAUUGAGCCUCCGAACGAUGCUCCAAAAGAAGCACAACUAUACUAUGAAGUUGGAUACAUCUCUCAUCCAAUGAUCACCAGAAGUCACUCCAAAAAACCUCAAAAUGAAACGGAUUAUUUUCUAUAGCCAGUUGACGAGAGAUUUGACUCGUCGCAUAAACUAGCAGCUCUACAACGUUUCAGGUUAUCUCGCCCGGAGGAAAGAACGUUCAGGCCAUAUCUCAAGAAUACAAUCAGGUUUCAUAACAAAUAUAACAGAGUAAUAUCUGUUGCAGUUGGGAUCCCCUCAAAGAAUUUCAACUGUUGAUGUACUUUAUCAUUUUCAUUCACUUUUCUUGUUAUUUAAGUCAUGUAAUUUCAUAUUUCUUGUACUCAAAACUCUAUUUUAAUAAAUUAGGGAGGUGUUCUCCGGCACCCCCACUUUGUGUGAAAAAAAGAGACGUAGAGUUGUCCCACUGGGCGUGCCAAAAAUCG